AUGCACCUCACCUCCUGUCUUACAGUAGCAUCGCAAUCGCAUCUUCUGAUUUGCAAGUCAUCCUUACCGACGACAUCCUUCCAAGCAUUUGAUCUGAGGCCCCUUGACCUGAAGCGCCCGCUGACGUACAGCAGCUCCAGCGAGCAAACCCCUCUCCUCAACCCCAACCCCAACUCGAACUCCAGCUCCACCUCGACAUCCGAGCCACCACCCCCCUCCAAGCUCACCAUCUUCCGCUCCGCCAUCGGCAUAAACGUCACCAUCCCCAACGACGACGGGGUCAGGGGCGGAGACCUAGAAGCCGCGCGCGCCAGCGCCACGGGCCUCUACAAGCAAGUCCUCGGCCUUGCGCGCUGGCGCUCGCGCCAAUACGUCGCCGUAGAAAGCCUCUACUACACGGCGCUCGGCCUGCAAAUCCUCAUUGGCGCCUCUCUGGGCCCGCUCUCGAAACUGCACUCCUACAACGUGACGAUCGCCGUACUCGGUGUUGUGAAUGCGGCGACGGCGGGGCUGCUGGCGCUGUUGAAGGGACAGGGGCUGCCGGAUCGGCUGCGCAAGGAUGAGUAUGAGAUGGUGAAGGUGAGGGAUUUUAUUGAGGAGGUGGAUGGGAGGUUGAGUGUCGAGGGGAGGAAUGGGGAUGCGGAUGCGGAUGGGGGGAAGGAGGUCGAGGGGCUGGUGGAGAGGGUCUGGGAUAUGUAUAAUGUAGCAAGGGACACAACUCAGAUGAAUAAACCAAGUAGUUAUGGGCAUCAGGCGGAUGGGGAUGGGAAUGGUGGUGGGAUGAAUAGGGGGGUGGGGAGACGUGCGGUUCCAACGGGGGAUGAGAGAGUGAAGGGGAAGUUUGUUAUUGAUUAG